AUGUCGUCGAGUACAGAGAACAGGCUAUCGUACGCUUCGAGUCCUGAGAGUGACUUGGAAGUGAGUCCGCCGCCGGCUCCGAGACUCAUGAAGUCGUCGUCCGACCCCUCCAUAGCAACGACUCAAGACAAUAUGGACAGAGAUGACGAUAUGAAUCAUAUGGCCGAUGCUGUGCCCCCGCCUUAUACGCAAGGCGGUUACGGAGACAGCAAAUACGGCUUCGCAGCGACCACGAAUGGUGCGACCACCAAUGGUCUGAACCAUAACCAAGGACAACAUAUGAGCGGUAAUAACGAGGCGCCUCCCUACCAGUGCAACCCCAUGACCCACUCGCCUCCACAUUCACCCUUAUAUGGAACAGUCCCAGAGCUUCCCCCGCGAGGGCCAGUGACCCGGCCGGCAGGUGGAGUGCUGUUACCGGGCCCACCGCCUGGUCGACAUCCUGGACACAGCCUAAGACAUAAUCCACCGGCAAGUCGUCCUAGCGCCCAGGAGCGUUUGUUCGGCCCCCCUAAAGAGGCGGGGAGCGACGAGACGGCCACGUACACCGCGCGGCCCACCAGCAUGAUCAUACAGCCCACGCAAGGACAAGGCUCCUUGGAUAGGCAUCGACAUCCGAACAAUCAACAGAGCUCGUACGACGGCUCCUCCCCGUACGAGUACGGCGGCGCGGCCAACAGCGGCGCAAGCGCAGGUUGCCGCUUGCCGCCCAACGCGCCUGACGACCUCAAAGUCGCUCCGCCCUCCAUUAAAAUGGAACCUCCACCUCCACCGAACCCAAUUGCGAUGUCUCAGAGCAAUAUGAUACAGAGUCCGCAAAGAAAUUCCAACUCACACGAACACAACUCUUUGGAGUACAGAGGGCCUGAUAAUAAUAAUUAUAGGGCUCCUGAAUACCGAAGCCCUCAGACGAAUAGGCCCCCGCCUAUGAAUGGGAUUAGUCCGCAUACACCAAUGCACGCGCGAGGACCCUCGUUACCUAACGUACCUACGAAUGACCUUGCCAAAUACAGCGGCCGUACGAACUCGGCGUCUCAAGCGGACUACGGCGGGCGUGGCGGAGCUCCAGUACCGCCGUACAAGCCCGUCCCGCCGCCCAAGCCCAAGCACUACAGGCCACCAGACAACUCACACCAUCCCAGAAAUGGAAGCAUGGAGCCGCCCCCAGGGUCGGGCGCGCCCCCCCCUCGCGUGUCGGGGGCGGGCGGCGCGAGCUCGUUCCCGGGCGCGCCGCACUACUCGCACCAGCACUCAGUGUCGCAGCCCGCGCACAGGCCACACAACCACAAUAACUACCAACAGAAUAUGUAUGGUGGGCAGAUGCCUCCACAGUCACCUCCGUACUCGGGCCCUCCAUCACACCACCGCGCCAUCAACCUGCCACACAACCCACAUCUUAUAGAUUUAGCGGGUAGCAGAGAGCAAAGAGGUUCUGCAUUCGAGCUUUAUAGAAAACCGCAACAACACAUGCAUAACUUAAGUUCAUCAGAUGCCAUGAACUCAAGUGUGGAGCGGGACGAGACGUUUUCACGAAAAACUAAAAAGAAAUUAUCUAAAAAGCCUUCGUUUAUUAAAAAUGCCGUUCUCGAUUUAUUCCGUUCGAAAACCAAAAAUUCCCAAAAGGUGUCUCGUCAAAAGUCACUUUGCGAGAGCGACUUACAACAGAGACCUCAUAUUCAACAAAUGCCGAUGUUAAGACGAGAGAAGUCUGACCUUGGAGAUAUGAGUAUACAUAUGAGAAACCAGCAAAUUAGAAAUCAAAUGUUAUAUAGAAGUAAUUCGUCUUCUUGUGAAAAACCUGUAUUAAAACCAAUUCUAAAGAGGCAAAGUUCAUUUUGUGAUGACAGAAACGGGUCUAUAUGUACCGUCAGAGAUUAUGAUAUGAAACCGGUUGUGAAAAGUCUCAGGAGACAGAAUUCAAUGUGUGACAUAGAAACUGAACCCAAAGUUACCCCUCUGUUACGUAGACAAAAUUCCCUUAUAGAGUAUAAUAGGAGAGGUAUCUACGGACAGACAACAAACUUUAACUUGAUUACCAAAAUAGACCCUAUUUACCAAAGAGAGCAACAAAUAAAACAUGAACCGUUUCAUCCUACCCAGCCAUUACCUCCAGAACCUGUAUACCAAAGCAAAGAACGUAUAGUUUAUGACCCUAUUCCUAAGCCUCGUAGAACCUAUACUUCAGUUUAUGACACUUCCUCUGAGAAUCCAUACGCGAGUAAAUCAGAAAUGUCUAACCAAAGUUUUGAGAAUCCUUAUGGAAACCGCCAAACCUUAGAUCUGCCUCUAAUGGAUUCGCCCUAUGCCUCUAGAUCUGAAUGUUUAAGAGAAAGCCCUUAUGCUACCAAAUCCGAAUGUGUUAGAGAAAAUCCUUACGUUUCCCGCUCAGAAAUGAUAAGGGAAAAUCCAUAUGCUUCUAGAACAGAGGUAUUGCGUGAAAGUCCGUAUGCUACUAGAAGUGAGAUCGCUAGAGAAAGUCCAUACGCGACGAGAACCGAAGUCAUAAAGGAAAGUCCUUAUGGAACCAGAAGCGAUUUUACUGAAAGUCCUUAUACAAACAGGCAGGAGCUUGCCAAACAAUCUGAUUCUCUUUACAGUGAAUCACCAUAUUCUAGUAAAGAACAUAUGUCACGAGCACGUGUUACAUCUGACAGUGCAUAUUCGACUAAAGAAGAAAUGUUACGACAAAGAUUUUCCGAAUCACCUUACAGCACUAAAGAAGAUUUGUUAAAGCAGAGAAUGGAAAAUUCUAAAGAUCCUACUUACGGUAAAAGAACUUACGAUCCGCCACCAAGUACGUCUUGGACUGAAAAUUCUUAUGGCAUAAGACCGGAUAGACGGCUACAAACACCGGUUAAUUUUCCGGGUAGAAUAUCUCCUAUGAGUAAAUGUAUGAGUGAACCUCCUUAUGCCACCAGAACAGAAAUGAUGGCUAGAAUUGGGCAGACAGAAUCCCCAUACGCUACGCGGGCUGAAGUCACAUCCAGUUGUUCCGAUUCUCAAUAUGCAAGUCGUUCUGAAGCAAUGGACGUUAGAACUGAGAGAAGACCAGCCUCUGCAGAAUGCACUUAUGUUUCCAAACAGGAAAUUUUGAGAGAGAAAGCAGCAUUUUUAGCUAAAAAAGAAUCUUCGUAUAGUAUAAGGCUAGAGGAGAAGUUAGAAAUAAUAAAGCAAAGAAAUCAAGCGAAAAAAGAAAUGAUUUAUCAAACCAGAAAAGAAGCUAAUGAAAGCGAUUCUACAAAAGUUAGAGAACCUCUUUAUGUUUCAAAAAGAGAUUUGAAAGAGAGUGUAAUCUAUGAGUCACAACAGGAAACGAAAGAAGUAGCACAAUCAGAAGAACAAGGAAGUAGUCAUAGCAGUUCUAGAAGUAGUCCUUACGAGCUCAGUGAUGCGAAUCACUUGUCUCGUAGAGAGCCAUUAUAUCAGACGAAAGCAGAAGCUGAAAACACUAAAGUAGAUACGGAGACUUUCCAGGAAAUUGAUUUUUCAAAACUAAGACUAACAGAUUCGAAGACAGACGCAGAGAAGCAAAAGUCAAAAAAUAUGGAAACUAACAUAUUAAAAGGGGAACCGAUGUAUGCUCCCCGAUUACAUGGUAAAGCAGAUCAUAUUUCCAAUGCGUUGAAAGUAACUACUGCUCCGGUUCCAUAUGAAUCUACGACAUCUAUGGAAACACAAUAUGCAUCCGAGUGUAGCAUGAACUUUGAAAAUAAACCUCAAAGUACACCAUAUACGUCACAAGAUUUGCUUGAAAAAUCUAGCAAACCAAGUAGAAGCGUAACGUUUUGUGAACAGAUACUAGAAAGGAGUACAGAAACGAGCCAAGAGAACUCUCAAAGUAUGUCAAACAGUCAAAAUGAGACUACAGUUAUUGAUAAUCAAAACACAGUGAUAGCAAUAACGUCUGACGAUAGCGAAUCCACUGAGGCUAAACCAAAAGAAGUGGAACCGGAUGGACCUCAUACUACCUGGGGGAUUUUUGAUAGUGAAGGAGGCAUUCUAGAAGAUAGACAGUGGGGUGUCUCAUUAAUAAUACCACCAAAAGCAAUUGCCCCGGGAAUCAAGCAAAAGAUCUACUUUACGGUGUCUGAUCCGCGACUGAGCCAACGUGUGGGGGGACCUCCGAUCGAUAUGGACAACGGUGAAGCGAUGCUGUCCCCACUAGUGAUGUGCGGGCCCCAAGGCCUGGUGUUCCUGAGGCCCGUGACCCUGCGGUUACCACACUGCGCUAAUGCGGUCCCGUCCUUAGGUCUUACCAUAAAAGCAACAGACACCGAAGCACAUCUCAGCACGGACUGGGAUCAAAUACACUUGCCUGCCACCACCACUUUGAAUACUGUCGCUGUUAAAGUUGAUCAUUUUUAA